UUCGCUGAGGCUCUCAGAAACUAUUUUAUUGGCCACUGAUUAGCCGGAAGUGCUUGGUCCAGUUUUCUUAGUCCUCCGGGUGUCAUUCAUCAUGGCUGUACCCACUUGUAGAACUGUGGUUUUCGUGACUGGGAACGCAAAGAAACUGGAAGAAGUUAUCCAGAUCCUUGGAAACAAGUUUCCUUACAAAUUAGUGUCAAAAAAGAUUGAUUUGCCUGAAUACCAAGGAGAGCCAGAUGAAAUUUCCAUACAAAAGUGUAAGGAGGCUGCACAGCAGAUUGAUGGCCCAGUUAUAGUAGAAGACACCUGCUUGUGUUUCAGGGCCUUGGGGGGACUGCCUGGUCCAUACAUCAAAUGGUUUCUGGAUAAACUCAAGCCAGAGGGUUUGUACAAGCUCUUAGCUGGGUUUGAAGAUAAAUCAGCAUGGGCUCUCUGCACUUUUGCAUUCUGUGCUGGCAAAGAUGAACCCGUGCAGCUCUUCAGAGGGAAAACAGAGGGACAAAUUGUGGAACCAAGGGGUCCUCGAGACUUUGGAUGGGAUCCCUGUUUCCAGCCAAAUGGAUAUGACAAAACCUAUGCUGAACUGCCCAAAGACGUGAAGAACUCAAUCUCUCACCGCUACCGGGCACUCGCUGCCAUGUCUGAGCACUUUUCACAAACCAACAACACUUCACCAGAGAGCAAGAAGAAAAAACAGGAAGAUUAAAAAUUCAUUUUGACCUCAUCUGCCUUGAUAUGUGUUAAUAGGUGGUCUGAUUCAGCAAGAGGAGACUCUUUGUGACAACAUGUACUGUAAUCAUAAAAUCUGUAGUGAGACAGCUGCUGCAUUAUAUCUGUUUUCCUCUUCAUUUUUUUUCAAUAAACCUGAUCUGUAAUUU